AUGCCUGGAAGUACUCUUCCUCCUUUCCCGGACGAUGUUCGAACACAUCCGCUCUUGAUCAUUGAUUACAAACUCAUCCAGGCUGGAGAUGUGGAGGAAGUGAAUCGUUUGUGGGAGGCUGCGACAACUCUUGGAUUCUGGUAUUUAAUGAACCAUGGCGCAGACCAAGAAGUCAGCGACAUGUUUGAUAUGGGAGUAGAAACAAUGACCUUGCCUCUCGAAGAACGGAUGAAGUUCGAGCAAGGAGACAAGGGUCAAUCUUUCGGAUACAAGAAAGCGGGGGCUAAUGCGAUCGAUGCAACCGGCAGAUCCUUGGACACGGUUGAAUUCAUAAACGUCUCAAAAGAUGAUGCACUGGCAUAUCCACGUGUCGUUCAUCGCACCUACCCAUCGACCGUAAAUGCCCGCAUGGAAAACACGAUUGCACCAUUUGUGCGCAAAGGUCUUGAGGUGACGUAUGUCAUGUUGAAUAUAUUCAAUGACAAGCUUGGACUGCCGCAAGGGACAUUGGAGAGACUAAAUGGCAUGGAGGAGCACAGUUGUAGCGAAACUAGAUGCAUUCGUAAUCCUCCUACGCAGGUUAAGGAAGCGAUGGAAAGGGCUGCGAUAGGCGCUCAUACUGACUUUGGCAGUCUGAGCUUCCUGCACAAUCGCCUUGGUGGACUCCAAGUGAUGCCCCCUGGUCAUCAUGAGUGGUCCUACAUUCGACCCAUCCCUGGACAUGCCAUUUGCAACAUUGGAGAUGCGCUGUCUCUUUUCAGUGGAGGCAUCCUGCAAUCCAACAUCCACCGCGUUGUUCCACCUCCUGGUGCACAGGCUGAAUACGAGCGGUGGUCGCUGGUGUUCUUUACCCGUCCAGGCAACUCGAAAGUCCUUCGGGCUCUUGUUGAAUCAAGUCCUAUCAUUGCAGAUGCGGUGAAGAAGCAACCUGACCGAAACUUCGAGACUGGUUCCACUGCUGCAGAGUGGUUCGCGCGAAGAAUCAGGAACCAGAGGAUUAAUAACAGAACGGUAGGAAUAUCUUCAGCGCUGUGGUGGAUGCGAUUACGGAUAAUAUCACAGGGACCGGAGACAUGGGCUGCAAGCCGAGGUACCGAACACACUCCGACGGUGGUCUAG